AUGAAGAAUGGAAGCAAGAUUCGGAGAAACCACAAGUGUAUGAAAUCAUCCGCUUUUCCCAAAUCUCAAAACAUCUCCAAAGACUUCCGAAGUCUGAUCCCUUCUAGGAUGAGGCGGCAAACAGAUCUUGUGGUCUCAUGUGGAGAAGUACUAAAAGCAAAGUCGCAUGUUGUGGUCUACACCAAGGAGCGGGAUGAAGAUGAAGAAAGUGUUGGCUCUUCAUAUCACGUUACUGUACAAGAUGAAAGGGAUACUUUAUCUCCAAUAAAGGUUGAUGAAGAGUUGGAGGAUUUUUCUUGGUGUUACCAUAUAUCUGUCAACGAUGGCGAACCUCAAGAAGAUGAAGACGCUAAGGAUGCUCCGCCCGAAUUUGAAGAAGGGGUAAAAACGACAGUCGACGCAUUGAAAGAAGUCAACCUUGGCACUGAUGAAGAUCCAAGGCCCACUUAUGUAAAUUCUUUACUUGCAGUCGAUGAAGAGAGGGCUUACGUCGAAUUACUUAAAGAGUAUAAGGAUAACGGUACACGUCCUAUCAAACAAGCACAGCGACGUUUCAGGCCGGAAUUGGUUCCCUUGAUUGAAAAUGAAGUUAACAAGCUUAUUGAGGCUGGUUUCAUUCGCGAAGUUAAGUUCCCCACAUGGAUUUCGAGCAUUGUCCCUGUGAGAAAGAAGAAUGGACAAAUUCGAGUAUGUGUUGACUUUAGGGAUCUCAACAAUGCAUGCCCUAAGGACGAAUUUCCACUUCCCAUUAUUGAGCUUAUGAUUGAUGCCACUACUGGAUACGAGGCGAUGUCCUUCAUGGACGGCUCAUCCGGCUAUAACCAGAUCCGCAUGUCACCUAAGGAUGAAGAGCUUACCGCAUUCCGCACUCCUAAAGGUAUUUAUUGCUACAAAGUAAUGCCUUUUGGCUUGAAGAAUGCUGGAGCAACAUACCAAAGAGCUAUGCAAAAUAUCUUUGACAACAUCCUUCACAAAAAUGUCGAAUGUUAUGUUGACGAUCUGGUGGUGAAAUCAAGGAAAAAGAGUGAUCACUUGCAAGACCUGAGAAUGGUGUUUGACCUACUACGAAGGUACCAACUCAAAAUGAAUCCUCUGAAGUGUGCAUUUGGGGUUACCUCUGGAAAAUUCCUUGGCUUUGUCGUUCGACAUCGGGGGAUAGAAAUUGAUCAAGCCAAAGUAGAUUCAAUCGUGAAGAUGGCCGAGCCAAGAAACAUCCAUGAGUUGAAAAGUCUGCAAGGGAAGCUGGCGUAUCUUAGGAGAUUCAUCUCAAAUCUAGCAGGGAAGUGUCAGCCGUUCAGUCGUCUCAUGAAGAAAGGUGCUCCUUUCGAAUGGGAUCAAGCUUGUGCCAACGCCUUUGAGAGCAUCAAAUCUUACUUGACGAAACCUCCAGUUCUAGCGGCUCCUGUGCCUGGAAAGCCAUUGAUACUAUACAUAUCGGCACAAGAAAGGUCAGUUGGAGCACUCUUAGCCCAAGAGAAUAGCGAAAGGAAAGAAAAUGCCCUUUACUACUUGAGUAGGAUGAUGACUCCAAAUGAGUUGAAGUAUUCGCCGAUUGAAAAGUUGUGUCUGGCCUUAGUCUUCUCGAUUCAGAAGAUGAAACACUACUUUCAAGCUCAUGUAGUUCGUCUUAUUUCCAAAGCGAACCCCAUCAAAUUUGUGAUGUCGAAACCUGUCCUUAGUGACCGACUGGCAAGGUGGUAUCUCCAAUUUCAACAAUUUGAGAUUGUGUACGUUCCUCAAAAAGCUGUGAAAGGGCAAGCAUUGGCGGACUUUUUAGCAGACCAUCCGAUACCCGAUGACUGGGAAUUAACUGAUGAACUACCCGAUGAGGAUGCGAUGGUCAUUGAAAUUCAACAGCCUUGGAAGAUGUAUUUUGAUGGUGCUGCACAUCGCGAAGGAGCUGGCGCUGGUGUGAUAUUUGUCACUUCUCAAGAGGAGGUCUUACCGUAUUCCUUCACCUUAACACAAUGUUGCUCCAACAAUGUUGCGGAAUAUCAAGCACUCAUACUUGGGCUUGAAAUGGCUGUUGAUAUGAAGCACUUACAAUUACAAGUCUUUGGAGAUUCUGAAUUGGCGAUCAAUCAAUUGUUGGGUACUUAUGAGGUCAAAAAGCCGAAAUUGCGUCCCUAUCAUGAUUAUGCACAAAAAUUGAUUGGGUGGCUGGGCAACAAAUGGAUAGUACCGCCGGAGGACGAUGAAGAUGAAGAAAGCAAACUCGAGCUUCUUGUGGCCGUUUCUGAAGCUGAGAAAGUUGAUUGGCGACAAACCAUGAUCGAUUACUUGUGUUAUAGUAUUCUUCCAGAAGAUCCAAAAAGAAAGACCGAAAUUCGUCGUCGUGCCCCUCGCUUCCUUUACUACAAAGAUACUUUGUAUCGUAGAUCGUUCGAGGGAGUUCUCUUGCGUUGUACGGGGAAGAAGAAGCAACUCAAGCUAUGCAAGAAGCACACUGAGGAGCCGAAGCGGGUCCUUCCACUUGAACGCCAAAUACCUUCAUUGAGGCUCGCUAUCCAAGAAGGGCUCACUGAAAAAGAAAAUGCUCGUCUACGCCUUGAAGAGUUAGAGGCCCUUGAUGAGAAAAGGCUGGAAGCUCAGCAAAGCCUUGAAUGUUAUCAAGCUCGUCUUUCCCGUGCUUUCAAUAAAAAGGUUCGCCUGAGGUCCUUCCAAGUUGGUGAUCAAGUCUUGGCGGUAAGAAGACCUAUUAUCGCAUCUCAUAAAUGCGGAAGCAAGUUCACUUCAAAGUGGGAUGGGCCAUAUGUUGUCCAAGAAGCCUAUACAAGCGGUGCUUACAAGCUUAUAGAUGCAGAUGGCUUGCGGAUCGGUCCCAUCAACGGGAAAUUCUUGAAGAUGUACUAUCCUUGA